ACAGUUGAGGUGAGUUCACACAGCUCCGGUUUGUUGCGCGGGCACUGGAGCAGCGGUGUAACCGAUCCCAGCUGCUGCCGUGGGGGGGGGGGGGGGGGGGGGGACGAUAUCUAUUCCCGUCCCCAAUGGGUUGGUCACGUGUCCUUUGGGAGCGUUUAGAUUGGGGACCGAGUAGGGAGAGAGAGGGAGCGCGCGCCGUUGCGCACAGCCGAGUUGGACAGCAACAUCUUGAACACGCGUUUGUGGUCCAGCGGCGAAUCAAGCAGAUCAGUUUUGUUUUGGGGCGUUGUCUUAUUCACUCUACAGCACUGUGUGAUCCACGAAUCCGUUAGGCACUGACACUGUGUGUGAUCCCUCAGUCACUGACUCGUCAAAACUUCUGCACCUUCAAACUGUGAUCUUUCCAGCAAGCGCCACAUUGUUUCCAGCCGCGGCUUUGAAUCGACGCACGGAGCUGUCACGAAGAAUAGAGGUAAUUGGCCAGCUUCCGUGGGAUUUGAUGUCACCUUCAGAUUGGUUCAACUGAAGAUGGAAACACUGGAGUCUGAGCUGACCUGCCCGAUCUGCCUGGAGUUGUUUGAAGACCCCCUGCUCUUGCCCUGCGCCCACAGCCUGUGCUUUAACUGUGCUCACCGUAUCCUGGUGUCACACUGCUCCACCAGCAAGCCCCUCGAAUCCAUCUCGGCCUUUCAGUGCCCCACUUGUCGUUACGUCAUCACGCUGAAUCACCGCGGACUGGAGGGCCUUAAGCGCAAUGUGACGCUGCAGAACAUCAUUGACCGCUUUCAAAAGGCCUCCCUCAGCGGCCCCAAUUCCCCCACUGAGAGCCGCCGCCUGCAGCCGCAGCGGCCCUAUACCGCCACCAUUAGCGGAACAAUAGCUGGAACGAUUGGUGGCGGCGGCAGUGGUGGUGGAGGUGGAAGCAGUGCCCGCGGCAGCCCGGCCUCUUCCAGCCACUCCCACUCGCACGCCAACCACACCAAUCACGCCAACCACACCAACGCAAACCACAGCCCGGCUGUUGUUGCUAAAAUGGAUCUGCGGAUCAGCUGCCAGUUCUGUGAGCAGGAUCCACCACGUGAGGCAGUGAAGACAUGUGUCACGUGUGAGGUGUCAUACUGUGACCGAUGCCUGCGCGCUACACACCCCAACAAGAAGCCGUUUACCAGCCAUCGUCUGGUGGAGCCGGUGCCGGAUACACACAUCCGUGGGCUGACUUGCCUGGAGCACGAGAACGAGAAGGUCAACAUGUACUGCCUGGUGGAUGACCAGCUCAUCUGUGCCCUCUGCAAGUUGGUGGGACGCCACCGAGAGCACCAGGUGUCCUCCCUCACUGAACGCUUCGAUAAGCUUAAGGCCUAUCAGGUGAGCCCGGGCAGAGUGUCAGAUGCGGUAAUGGAGGCUUCAAAGACAAGCGCUGCGCAAACCCUGGAGAACAACCUGACUAACCUAGUGAAGAGGAACAGUGAACUGGAGAACCAAAUGGCCAAGCUCAUCCAGAUCUGUCAACAAGUUGAGGUGAACACAGCCAUGCAUGAAUCCAAGCUGGUGGAGGAGUGUGAUGAGCUGGUGGAGAUCAUCCGUCAGAGAAAACAGGUCAUUGCUGUGAAGAUCAAAGAGUCCAAGGUGAUGAAACUGCGCAAGUUGGCUCAGCAGAUCGCAAACUGUCGUCAGUGUCUGGAACGUUCCAGCGCCCUCAUCACACAGGCUGAGCAGAGCCUGAAGGAGAACGACCACGCCCGCUUCCUCCAGACCGCCCGAAAUGUAGCAGAGAGGGUUGCCAUGGCGACGGCCUCCUCCCAGGUACUCAUCCCUGAUGUCAACCUGAACGAGGCGUUUGACAACUUUGCCUUGGAUUUUUCCCGGGAGAAGAAGAUUCUGGAGGGACUAGAUUAUUUAACAGCUCCAAACCCUCCAUCCAUCAGAGAUGAAUUGUGCACUGCCUCCCAUGACACCAUCACUGUCCACUGGACGUCUGAGGACGAGUUCAGCGUCACCUCCUACGAGCUGCAGUACACCAUCUACACUGGGCAGACAAAUUUCAUCAGUUUGUACAACUCAGCUGACAGCUGGAUGAUCGUACCGAACAUCAAGCAGAACCACUACACAGUCCACGGCCUGCAGAGUGGCACCCGUUACAUCUUCUUUGUCAAGGCGAUCAACCAGGCAGGAAGUCGCAACAGUGAGCCGGCACGCCUCAAAACCAACAGUCAACCCUUCAAGUUGGACCCAAAGACAGCCCACAAGAAGUUACGUCUUUCCAACGACUGUCUGACCAUGGAGAAGGAUGAGAGCUCACUGAAGAAGAGCCACACCCCGGAGCGUUUUGGCGGCACAGGCUCCUACGGUGCAGCUGCUAAUGUCUUCAUUGACAGCGGGUGCCACUACUGGGAGGUGCUGCUGGGGGCGUCCACGUGGUAUGCCAUCGGCGUGGCUUACAAAUCAGCCCCCAAAAAUGAAUGGAGUGGCAAGAACUCAUCCUCAUGGGUGUUCUCACGCUGCAACAACAACUUUAUGGUGCGCCACGAUGGCAAGGAGAUGCUGGUGGAGGCCAGCAUGCAGCUGAGGCGACUUGGUGUCCUGCUGGACUAUGACAACAACUCACUGUCAUUCCAUGAUGCAAUGAACUCCCAGCACAUCCACACCUUCGAAAUCUCCUUCCUCCUGCCUGUCGUACCCACUUUCAUGAUCUGGAACAAGUCGGUCAUGAUCCUCUCAGGGCUACCAGUCCCUGACUUUGUCGAUGGCGUGGCCACCGAUCUUCAAGAGCAGCAGCAGCAGCAGCAGAUGGGCCUGUGUCGACAAGAGUCUCCAUACUUGACAGGGAUGAAGAGCUGCCACUGAGGAAGGUCCAAUCACGGCCGAGCAGAGUCAAAUCAGGCCCGGAGGCUGAAAGACAUGGACAGUGUGACUGAGUUCUGCUCUCUCCUCUGUAUUAAGAGUGAACCAGAUACUUUCUUAUGGAUUUAGAAAGUGUUGGAAAUAUGCACACCAGUCUGGAAAAAUGUCAGGCCUGUUAGUUUGUAGCCAUCCAAUGCUUUACAAAUCCAUCAGUUGAAUGGGAAAGAGGGCUCUUGACUGUAAAUGUCAAUUAACAUAAAAAUUCAUGUGUUGCUCUGGAGUCACUGGGGGCAGGACCGGUCAGUUGGUUUUCUUGACCACUUACGGUCUUCGAUUUUGAUUUAAUUUCCUCUCAAUAUGACCCUUUGUGCUUAAGUCCAAGGAGGUCAUUUUCUUGUCAUCCAUUUACAGUUUGAAGUUACAACAUGUGAAUAGUGAGACAACUUGGUAUCUCACCUGAGGUGUUUAAAAAGAUAUAUAUGAAGUUAUAGAAGCAGCAAAGAAUCCUGUGACUAUAGACAUUUGAACAUUAUCUUAUUUCAGUGCUGUUUCUCAUUUUGGUAAUCUAUCAGUGAACCAUAUUUAAAAUAAAACACAAAAAUUUGAGAACAUAUUUAAACAGAGUGUUUGCUCUUCUGGAAAGAUUUUGAAGAGAAGAUCAACACACUUAUGCUUGUGCACCUAACAUACAGCCACAGCUAGCAGUUUUAGGGUUAGCUUAGCAAAGUAUAAAUAGUGUCUUCAGGCUCUUAUUCUGUUACAACAAAUCCAUUAAAAAUCCUCUGGUGUCACUAUUCAUAUGUUGUAGCCUCAUUAUCUGUAAUUUAUUAUUGCUUCAGCCUUUUUCUUGAUCAUCUUCCUUGACGCAGCGGUCCUGUUUGUUGUUGGCGGGUCCUAACUUCCAACUUUCAGGAAUUGCUAAUGUUGCUCGCAAAUAUUAAACAAGUUCAGGGCAUCAUGUGACUACUCGACUUGUAUAAUAAGAGAUUUAUUGGCUAUUAAAGAAAAGUGUGUUAUUUAUGACAAAAAAAGAUGGUUCAAUUUUAUUAAUAGUCUCAACAUAUUCAUGAUGCACUUUUUAAUCUACAUUAUUUCCCUUGAGUAUGAAGGUAAAUGGAACGAGGUGGUAGGGAAUGUAAUGUGGAGGAAAAGUGUCUGCUAGCACUGCUGCUAGUUGUGUGAGCUUGUCUUAAAAUCUCCAUCACUGCAUCUUUAUACUCAUAUUAAGAAAGUGAUUUAUGGUUAAAAAUUAUAAUGGUUGCUGAUAACUAACCAUAAGAAAAUGUAUUGCAAUAAAACACUGUUAAACUUUAUUUUUCCAUUUGUUUUGGUAACACCUCACUCAGAGCACUUUGUACUAUAAAAGAAGCCCCUGCUGUAAAGUUAAGAUUUUUUCACUGUGCUUUAAACACAAUUAGUGACUUUCCCUCCCUGUUGCUCUUUUUCAUAACACAUAGAAAGUUUGUUGACUUAAGAAAGGGAUAUGAUUAUGAUGAUCUUAUGUGCUUUUUAUCAUGAUGAACUAAAGAAAAAGUAAUAGCUGUUUUCUUUCUGCUAGAGUUCACUCUGUUUUCAAUGAUUCAGGGAAGGAGGGAGUUUACACUUAACUUGGUGUCUGUCGCAAUGUCAUGGCAUGAUUGUGUUUUCCUCUGUGAUAUGUUAACACGCACACAUGCACACACAAACCAAUUCACAUGUUGUGUUUUUGUUUAGGUCGGCCUUGUCAUGAUAAAUGCAUGAAACACUGCGGGAUCCCUCUCUGGUUCGACAGAUCAUUGAAAUAGCUCAUCAAAUCUAAUUUUUCAUAUUUAUGAUCGCUCACAACAGACUUGACCUCAAACUCUUUUAGUCACCCAUCACUACCAAAUAACAGCCAGAGAGCUGGAUGUAUUUUUUUUAUUUUAUUUGGAGUUUGUGGAAGGUUUUCUCUGGUUUGACGUUCAGGUAGUGGCUCUAACUCAGACAAUCAAUGUAUCAUAGUUUAUGCAGAUUUAUGAAGCGGAAAAUAUAGGUUAAAAAUAAAGUGACAGUAGAGGUUGUGUUGAAAAAAAAUGAUGUUUUAGCUGCCAUCUUGUUUGAUUUGACAAAAAAAAAUUGCAUCUUGUUGACAUUUCCAUCCUUUACUCACCAUCAUGAAUUGUUGUUGAAUAUUGUGUUACAUCAUGUAAUAACUCGCUUGACUUUAAAAACAAUUCAUCCUUUUUGAGUUCAGUCAUUCGCUUUUCCUUUUGGUCACAGAGUUAAACCAGAGAUACAAAGAUACAAACUCCCAGCUAUGAGAAGUAGUGACAUUCUUAACUGGUGUCAUCCCACUGUAUCUUUUAAACUGAAUUUUUCAAAAGGGCAACAGUGUAAUAUCUCAGUCUUUAUAGUAUUGAUUUCCUGAGAACUACAUGCAACAGAGAUAGUGAAGUUCUAGUACAAGGGGAGUUUUUUCUGAAUGUUACCUGACUUCCAGAUACCGACCCAUCUUGGUGAAUAAUGUUGGUCACAGGCCCGAAACAGCCGUGUGUUGAUUUGUGAUCCAGACUGACAAGCUCAACUCAUCUGUGCAACUGUGCUUGGCAGGGUCACUGCAUGAUUACGUGACCUUGCUGCAGGUUCAUAACUCUUUCCUUAUCUUCAACAUGGGGUUUCUUAUCUUGUGUCAAGCAUAUUCUCUCUUUUUUUAAUGAAAAAAAACAUGAUGAGAAUAAUCAGAGAGGAAAUGUUCAUUUCCAUGCAUAUCAGAUAGUUUGCAGUGCUCUUUCUUUGUGUCACCAGUCAGUACAGGUAAAUAUAUACAGUGAAUGAUUUUCAAUAGCUUCCCACUCCUUGUAGUGCAGUGUAAAACCCUAGAGACGAUGCAAUAGAUCCUUCCUUUUUGCUUUUUUCGUUUGUGUAACUUGGAAAAUUAUUUUUUACAACUCAUGAGAAACACUCUCCUCUCCUUUUGGCUUCUGGACCUUGAUAAACAGCACAAAAAGAGCAGCGUUGCAUUCAUGCAAGGCCUUCUGUUUCCAUAGAUGUGAGAGAUACUUUUAGCCAGAGAGGAAUGUAAAUCAUAGGGGGAAAAUAUAUAUUAUAUAAAGUUGUAUAAUAUACAAAAUAUAUAUGAACCAAUGUUAUUUAUGUGAAUUUAAGUCCAAUUAAAAGUCUGAUCCCAAA